UAGGAUUUAAUGAUAAUGAGUGGGAACAACUUACAAGAAGAACAGGCAUUCUUGCCAGCAUUCGUGUACUCCUUGAAGGUGUCUCCACUCAUUGAAAAAAUAAGUGAUCACAAGGAUUUUAAGAAGCUUCUCAGGACACGGAAUAACAUACUAGUGCUGUAUUCCAAAUCUGCUGCUGCUGCGGAAAGCUCACUCAGGUUAUUGUCCAGCGUGGCCCAGGAGGUGAAAGGACGAGGUACUAUAGGCUGGAUAGACUGUGGUGAUACUGAAAGCCGAAAAUUAUGCAAGAAGAUGAAGGUAGAUCCUAAUACAAAGGAGAAGGGAGUGGAUUUACUCCAUUAUAAGGACGGUGCAUUUCAUACUCCAUAUAACAGAGCAGUCACAUUGAAGUCUAUGGUGGCCUUUCUCAAGGAUCCAGAAGGUGCUCCACUAUGGGAGGAAGAUCCUGAAGCCAAAGAUAUUGUGCAUAUUGACAGUGAAAAGGAAUUGAGAAGGCUUCUGAAGAAGGAAGAUAAACCCCUUCUGAUGAUGUUCUAUGCCCCAUGGUGUGGUGUUUGUAAGAGAAUGAUGCCAUCUUAUCAGCAGGCAGCCACAGAACUGAAGGGUAAAUAUGUUCUUGCUGGAAUGAAUGUUUAUUCUGCCGAAUUUGAAAGGAUAAAGGAAGAAUUCAAUGUCCGGGGAUAUCCUACAAUCUGCUAUUUUGAGAAAGGAAAGUUCCUGUUCAACUUUGAGAACUUUGGUGCUACUGCAGCGGAUAUAGCAGAGUGGCUUAAAAACCCACAGGCACCUCAGCCACAGCCUCCAGAGACUCCCUGGGCAGAUGAAGAAAAUGUAGUUUAUCACCUGACCGAUGAGGACUUCGACAAGUUUAUAAAAGACCAUUCAUCUGUGCUAGUGAUGUUCCAUGCACCAUGGUGUGGACACUGUAAGAAAAUGAAGCCAGAAUAUGAGAAGGCUGCAGAGUUUCUUCAUGUAGCCAGUGACAGCCCAGGUGUCCUUGCAGCAGUUGAUGCUACGGUCAACAAGGCGCUGGCAGAAAGAUUCCACAUCUCAGGGUUUCCUACUUUGAAGUAUUUUAAGGAUGGAGAGGAGAAAUAUACUCUGCCACACCUAAGAACAAAGAAGAAGAUCAUUGACUGGCUGCAAAAUCCUGAAGCACCACCUCCACCUGAGCCUGCAUGGGAAGAAAAACAGACUAGUGUUGUCCACCUCGCUGGUGAAGACUUCAGGGAGUCCUUGAAGAAGAAGAAGCACACCCUUGUCAUGUUCUAUGCACCAUGGUGUCCCCACUGUAAAAAUGCCAUUCCACAUUUCACAACUGCUGCUGAAGUCUUUAAAGAAGAUCGCAAGAUCGCCUACGCUGCAGUGGACUGUGCCAAAGGACAGAAUCAUGACCUGUGUAAGCAGGAGGGGGUUGAUGGUUACCCCACCUUCAACUAUUACAACUACGGGAAGUUUGUGGAAAAAUAUACUGGAGAAAGAGGGGAGUCUGGAUUCACCACUUUCAUGCGAACCCUGAGAGAAAGAGACCAUGAAAGAGUAGGAAAGAAGAAGGAUGAAUUGUAGUUUCUGCCUCAAAAGAAGCUUUCCGCUGCACUGUGAAUGGUUCCAGGUCUUUUGUUGACGCACCUGAGACUUCACAUAUUCUCAAGACAGAGACUUUUUUUUAUAAACAGCCAUGGCCAUUUUGUACAAUUUUGAAAUAAAGUGAAACCACUUGAUUUUUAAAAGGAAAAUAAAUUAGAAUGUUGCCAUAACAUUUUAAAGAAAACUUAGCAUUUUCUCUCAUGUUGGGAGACUAUGCCCACUGACACUCCUAUGCAAUAUUUUUGUAGUCUGUAGCGUGUCCGUAGGUGAUGUUGUUUGUUAGGGCGAAUUUUUUUGUUAAGGUAUUGCAGUACAUGUAAAAAAACAAAGGGUUUGAUUUUGUUUUGUUUAAAUCAGUGAAGGAAAAUGGGAUUUGUAGGACAGAGAUUUAUCAAAAUGCAGUUUUACGUUCUUCUGAAAUAGUUACAUGUUCUUGACUGAGAUUUGGGGGGAACAAUUUUAAGAUGCUCAGGGAUAAAUAAGAUAUCUGAGUUAACGAAGACAUUAACAUUGACCAGUCCAGAUCUGUUAAUGUCAUUUAAACAUCUCUGGUCUUUAAAUCAGAACUGUUUACAUACCUUUAUAAAAUGUAUUGAGUAAGUUAAGCCAAGCAUCAAAAAUAGCAGAGCAUGGGUAAAAUUAAACUAAACCCUCCUUUUUUGACAUCAGUAUUGUCAAAUGCAUCUGUAAGUUAUGUCAGGAAUUAUUAUCUUAUAGGGGUACAUGAUUACCCUUAUAGGGUACACAGUUUCUUUUCAAAUUCUGAUUGGAUCAUAUUAAAUAUGUGUUGGAAAGUGUAAUGUUCAACUGUUUUGAUAAAUGCAUAGUACUUCUGAUAAUGCAGUAAUUGUGUGUGUUACAUGUUUACAUUCCAAAAGUUUAUCUGCAUUUGUAGGAGGGAUUUUUUCCUUUUUGCUCUUUAAAGAGUUGCACAAACGAUCUCUCUGACAGUCAUCACUGUAAAACCUGUAUCAGCAGCAGUUGAAAUGUGUUACACUCUUGAUGCUUAAACAACAAAAAAGUUUAUCUGAAGGUACUUAUGUCUUCACAGGAAGGGAGAGAGAGGGGCAGGAAGUUGUGAUUCACGUUGAACUGAAAAUAAAUUUAAAAAAAUACAAGUAUUUUUAUCAUUAAUCAGCCUUGUUCAGCUUCUUCCCCACUGGAAAUGAUUUAGGAAGAACCAGGAUGUGCAAGAGGAGUUCUCAGCACCCACUGGCUGGGGACAGCCUGGUGUGGGUGUGCUGGGCAGCACAGGAGGGGUGUGAGGUCAGCCUCCUUCUGCCCUGGUACUCAGCAGGGGGACAAACAGCUUUUUACAGCAGACAGCUGUGCCUUGGGUCUGAAACUUUCCUCUUGCUCCUCAGUCUGCCCGUCUCAUUUCCUUCUGCUAGUUUGGCUCCUCAGUGCUGGGCUGCUCAGGAGGUGAACGGCAUCUCACCUCCUUCCUGGGUGUUUUUUCCUCCUCCUCUCUUGCCUAAUUAAUGGCACUGUAUGUUUGGCACUCGUUAAGCUGCUGAAGCCAUUAGUGAGUAUUGUGGAAUACCAGUAGCCUAAUUGGCCUUGUAUGGUAGCCAGCUUGUUAACCAUGACAUCAGUUGGAAUGGCCAUGGAGCUGUGCCAACUGUCUUCUCUUACUAGGCACCUGAUGAGUCUCUUCACUCAAAAAAUCAGCUGCCUGGUAGUACAUAAUAUAAAGUAAAAGUGGCUUAAUUUAUUAAGUCUCUUACUGUGGGUUUUUUUCCUUUCAGUUAGCACAUUACUUCGUGUUGUGUAUAGCACUUUUGCAGAAGAUCAUGGUAAUUCUUUAUUUCAAGCUAUCCUUGCAUUAGUAGCAGGCAUUCUGCCCUGCAUUUAGGAAACAAUACAUACUGAUGCAAUUUGAUCUCUAACAGGAAUUCUUUUGCUUACCAGCAAACUAUCAAGUGUGUUCAGUCCAGAACUUAGUGUGUCUUUUUUGAUCUCAGAGCAGCUGGCACUAAAGAAAUACAGUCUCCAGAAAACAUUGAGCAUUUCUGUACAUAGGCUGUGCCUAUGUUUGUGCUAAUUGCUGAAAAAUGUAGACUUAUAAGAAAAAAAUGAUAGCUUGCCAGUGGUGAUAUCACUAGUCAGGAUCAUUCUGAAUUAUAGGCUUUAGUAAAUGUUUAGGAUAAGACAAUUGCACACUGUGCUUCAGACCAGUAAUUCCUUACAGCUGGUUACACCAUAAUAAAAUUAAAGAUUCUUGUUUUUUCCCUUCA